CAGGCGAGUGAUGGCGCUGUGCUCUCGACAGUUUACCUGAGCCGCUCGCUCUUUGCGCAGUAGGGCACAUGAGAGAUGCUUUCCCUAUAGGCAGAAUCGUGGCUCCUUUGCUGUUGGUUGUAAGAUGGAACUUUGCGCUUUUCCUCUUCCAGAUUUUCAGUCCAGUGUCCUCGCUGACCAAUUAACAUCGCAGCCGAAAGACUCUGUAAAUACUUUGUGUGUGUCACUCUUUGGACUAAGCAGCAUUGCUCUUUUUUGUUUACGCAUUCAAGAAGUCUCCGGUACCAAAGCGAGAAAUCACACACAUCACACAACUAUGUUUAACGCGAAAAUACGCAGCUGAUGGACCGCAUGAUUUAUUCUGAUCCGCUCAAAAAUGAUGGCUUUUAACAGCGACGGCAUGACUGUGGUGAGAAGAUGCCUCCUGACGUUCAAGCCCUUCAGGAUUUUUGUGGUAGGGCUCGGCUUCUUCAGCCUCUGCUUCCUAAUGACCUCUCUGGGGGGCCAGUUCUCGGCCAAACGGCUUGGAGACUCUCCCUUCACCAUUCGCACCGAAGUACUAGGUGGGCCAGAAUCUCGUGGAGUCCUGAGGAAAAUCAGUGACAUGUUGGAAAUUAUUUUGAAGAGAAUUGACACUCUAGCAAAACUCAGCAACACCAGCAAAAGCCACAGCCUGGAGGAGCUCAGCUCUACUCUUGAGAGGUUUCAGCCGAUGGGACUAGUGGAACGGAUUCAGGCCAUUGCUCAGAAUGUGUCUGAAAUGGCUGUGCGUAUGGAGCAUAUCCUGCAGAAGAGUAAAAAUGCUGCCACAGGGAGAGAUGGAAUGGCAGGGCAGUGUGAAAUCCCAAAAGAUCCUGGCUACCCGGACUGUGCAAGUAAAGUUGAUUGGAUGCGGGCCAGAUGGACAUCAGACCCCUGCUACGCCUUCUAUGGAGUCGAUGGCUCUGACUGCUCCUUCCUCAUCUACCUGAGUGAGGUGGAGUGGUUCUGCCCCCUGCUUGCCUGGAGGAAUCAGAGCAUUCAGCCCACCACCAGCACCACACCAAAGACACAAGCAAUAGUUCGUGCUGAUAUGGGACCUCUGCUGGAGCAGGUCGGUUCAGGGAAAGAGUCUCUGAGCUUCAUGAGGAGGAGGAUACGCAGGUUGGCCGUGCAGUGGGCCGUAGCUGCCCGUAGGCUAGACGAGCGUCUGCGCAGGCAACAGAGGCAGCAGAAGAGGGUGCUGGUACACGUGGGUUUUCUGACAGAGGAGUCUGGUGAUGUGUUCAGUCCUAAGGUGUUAAAAGGAGGGCCGCUGGGUGAGAUGGUGCAGUGGGCUGAUAUCCUCAGUGCACUUCACGUGCUGGGACACGACCUCAAGAUCUCACUGUCAGUCAAAGAGCUGCAUGGGUUUCUUGGCGUCCCCCCAGGAAGAGGAAGUUGCCCAUUGCGAGGACCUUUGCCCUUUGACCUCAUCUACACAGACUACCAUGGACUGCAGCAGAUGAAGCAACACAUGGGCCUCUCCCUCAAAAAGCACAAAUGUCAUAUCCGGGUGAUUGACACAUUUGGUACUGAGCCAGCAUAUAACCAUGAGGAAUACGCCACCCUGCACGGCUACAGGACCAACUGGGGCUACUGGAACCUCAACUGCAGACAGUACAUGACCAUGUUCCCACAUACUCCUGACAACUCCUUCAUGGGCUUUGUUGCUGAAGAACUAAACCACACUGAAAGGCUCAACAUUCAAAGAGAGAAAGUGAACAAUAUGGCAGUGAUCUAUGGCAAAGAGGCCAGCAUGUGGAAGCUUGAGGGGAAAGACAAGUUUCUAACCAUUCUGCACCGCUACAUGGACAUUCAUGGAACAGUCUAUUAUGAAUCCCAGCGGCCUCCAGAAAUCCCUGCCUUUGUAAGAAACCAUGGCUUGUUGCCUCAACAUGAGCUACAGCAGCUUCUUAGGAAGGCCAAGCUUUUCGUAGGAUUUGGCUUUCCUUAUGAAGGUCCUGCCCCUUUGGAGGCCAUAGCCAAUGGCUGCAUUUUCCUUCAGCCCAAAUUCCAUCCAGCUCGUAGCUCUCUCAACAACGAGUUCUUCAGAGGGAAGCCCAUGUCCAGAGAGGUGUCUUCUCAACACCCCUACACCGAGCAGUACAUUGGCAGACCGCAUGUCAUCACUGUGGACUAUAACAAUUCAGAGGAAAUUGAAGCAACCAUUAAAGAAAUCCUGAAAUCCAAGGUAGAGCCCUUCUUGCCUUAUGAAUAUACCUCUGAAGGAAUGCUAGAAAGACUGAAUGCUUACAUCCAGCAUCAGGAUUUCUGUCGCAUCAAUGGCCCCUUUCCAUCAGCCAAUGAGUCCAAACUGUGGCCGGGGAAUCCACCAAACCCUUUUGUCCUCAUGCCCAACUCCACAGGUGUGGUAUGGGCCUCAAACAUCAGUGCUCCAGCAUCUUGGCCCCCUCUCAGUGCCCUGAGGCUGCUCCUCAGUCCUGAGGCCUCAUCGUGUGUGAAGACAUGCCAGGAUGCUGGCCUCAUCUGUGAGCCUGCCUUCUUCCCUUUCAUUAACAAUAUGGAGGCUUUCAAUGGGAUUGAUGUUCAGUGUGAGGCUUUGGAAAUGGAGAUGAACCAUUUAUUUCCGGCUGUGGCUGUCAAGGGGAGAGAGUGUUUCCUGCAGAAGGAAGCGCUCCUGUUCAGCUGCGCUGGGAUCAGCACCAAACACCGACGCCUUUGUCCCUGUAGAGACUUCCUUCAGGGCCAGGUGGCGCUGUGCAGAGAUUGUUUCUGAGAUCUAUGAUACACUGAGACCAGAUCCUGGGCCAGAUGAGGUGAUUGCCUUCCCAUAAACAUUAAGGCCUGAUGAACUAAUCCACUCAUGCCUGAAUACAAUGGAUCCCUCAAGAAAUGAGAGAUAUAAGAAGCAUAUCCGAGCUGAGAUUGGAUGGAACAAACAUAAUCAGAUUUCUACAGUUUCCAGACUGCUUAAGAGGUUAAGAGAGUACAAUUUUUCUUUUUCUUUUUUUUUGUAGAUGGCAAAAGCGGCUAUUUUUCCACAAUUAUUCUUUGAAUGUUGUUAUAUCCAAAUGCACACAAAGCAUUGAAAUAACUGAUAAUGCUGGUGAUUUUUAUAAACACAUAUGGUAAAUGGUACAAGUGUACUGUUCACUGUUCUGUGGUAUCCUAACAUCUUUUAAUAUUUUUUUUUUCAAACUUCAAGAUAUUAUCAGAUAUAUCAUCAGAAGCCCGAAAUCAUUUGGAAACUGGCAUAAUCGUCAUCUGAAUGCUUUCUCAAUAUAAUCAGCUCUAGGCAGCACAACACCAAGAUUCACAUACACAUAAGAGAUGUUAUGUAGAAUAUCUCCUGAAGUCAACUGCAGUAAAAAAGUGGGCCUCAUUUAUCAGUAUAUUCAUAUAAGUUGUGUGUAAAUGUUUGGGUAAGCCAAACUGAACUAAAAAUUUCCAAUGGAUUUACAAAGGUUUUGGAAAUGCUGAUUUUCUUCAUCUUCGCAUGUAUAUGUUGAUGAAUGACAAUCACCCAUUAUUACCAGGCACAUGCAUGGCACAGCUGAUCUGCAUUUGGUGACCCACAAAACUCCAUAAAAGGCAAAGCUCACACAGCUGAAAUGAUGAGUAAACAGCAAAAAAAUACUCUCAGAGGUAGAAGGGAAAGUUAUUUAGACUCACGUCUAUGCCAAUAAUAAUAUAUAUAUUAUUAAACACUGUAACAACACCUGAAAAGAUAAAGACAAAUUACAGAAAAGGUGAAUUAGGUGUGAACUAAGUGACGUGGAAAGAAAAUAGUGUGACAUGAAAAUGGAGGAGACCCAGAUGAUCAUGCACACCAAGUAUAUCACGCAGGGAAGCUAUUUUUAAAUUGUUUUAAGUCUCUCAGCUAACGUACUGAACUGUUGGACUGCAUGAAAAGAAGAUGCUGUGGCAAAUGGAACCAUUUUAUAAGGCAGCUUUUGUCCUGUCAUACCGGUCUUUAAACCUCCUUUCCAUCAUAAGCGUGGUGACUGCACACUGGGACAGCAUUUAUGAAGUUGUAACAUGAAAACAAAUGCAAUACAAUUCAGAUGUCUCCAAGAUUUGAUUCUUUCAUGAUUCAUUUUGUGUCUGAAGCAGUAUUUUAAGACCUGUACACUUUAUGCAAGACUAGUGUUCAUAGGGCUACAUACAUAAUAUCUGCAUAAGCCCUUUAUAACACAUAUAGGACUACAUAUAGGGUGUCAUAUAAUGUUCAUAUUGUACAUAAUGUACAUAAAGACUGUCAACUUUGAUGUUAAGUUGACAUAACACUCAAAUCAAGUUACAGAAUUUUGUAGAUAUGAGGUUGUGUUGACAUUUUCUGGGCUCUCUUAUGUUACAAUGCCACUGUCAAACAGUUGGAUGCAAUAGCAGUGCUGGGUUUAUUAAUAGUUAAUAAAAGCUAGCAAAACAAAACAGAAAGACAAUAAUCGAAAACCAUAUUGUAGGCAAAGGGUUGGGCAACGUACAAACCAGCGCAAACUAGGCAAAUCCGUAACAGUAAACUAGAUGGAAACGAGAUAAAACCAGACAAGAUAUUGCACAGAUAUACAGUAUGACUCAGUAAUGGCACAUAUGUGAAUGGAGUGAGACUUCACAAAUUAAAGUGAACAGUCCGGAGUAUAUAAAGGUUAUGCACUGAUUGGAAACAAGUGUAUUUGAUUAGACGUUCAGUGGCUGUGAGCAGGGAUAGGUUUCUUGCGAGUCACAUGGUCAUAACAUAUCACAUGACUGGCUGUGGAGUUUCUCAACUGACAUGGAGGUUGGCUGGUAUUCAUAGGUAGUUUGACUGCUUUGGAGUUAUUCCAUCAAUGUGACAGCCAACUGAUUUUUUCUUUAUCUCAGAGUCAUGGCAAUAUCACAGCCAAACUUACUCUAAUUUAAGGUAGUUAAACAAUAGUAAAAUUAUGCUCACUUUAUUUAAAGAAUAAAAGUAAAUAAAUGCAAUAUGUAUAGCAACUGAAGGCAGCUGCAGUAAAGGAUUGCAUCCAAGUAUUAAAAAUAAUCCUAAUAUUUAUGAUUAUGUUAGUUUGUCCAAUUACUUUUGAGCCUGUGAAACUGGAGGGACUCUGUAAAAAAUGGCUGUAAUUCGUAAACGGUUAAUACAAUAAACCCCCUGAAUUAAAGCUGAAAGUUUAAUCACAUCUUGAUUGCUUCAUUUCAAAUCCAUUGUAGUGGUGUACAGAGGCAAAAUGACAGCCCUUUGGGACAAAGCCCAAUUAUUCACAAUGUGCAACUGCUCAGUAUUCUUCAGAGAUGCUCUGGCUGAAGUGAAGAGAGUUGCUAAAAUAUAGUGUAGAACAAGACCGCAAUUGCUAGGUUUUUUUUUUUCCUUCCAUAAUCUGUGUUCUCCAUGUAUUUUGUUUUGUUAUCUAAUCUAUGUAUUUUGUAUUUUGUUCUCCAGCCUGUGAAAAAAAAUUGCCAUGAACUAGAUAGUGUUAGGAUACUAGCUACAACCCUUACCAAGAGAUUAACAAGUCAUAGCUCUCAAAUCACACACUUGCCCAACUCACUUAGGCAUUACUAGCACUGCGCUAGCAUGGUUUAGACCAUACUUCACUGAUAGAUAGCAUUUUAUCUCCAUUGGCAAUUUCAAAUCCCACACUAUAUCAGUCUCUCAAGGUGUUCCACAAGGCUGUAAAGUGACCUUGGGUUUGUGAAAGGUGCUCUUAUUAUUAUUAUUAUUAUUAUUAUUAUUAUUGUUAUAAGCUAGUUUGAAUUACAAAAGUAUAAAGAUAUUCACCAAUGCCUCCCUUAUUGUUAUUAGUUCUCAACUGGGCAGUGACACAAAUUCCACAACAAUUCCCCACAAAAUUAAUACCAGUAAGUGUCUCUAUAACUCCAUCUGUUCUGAAUCCUUUUCUUCUCUUUUCUUAUGGUAUUGGACUCUUUUACACUCCAUUUUUUACACUCUCACACUCUCUCUCUUUCCUGAUUGGCUGCAGCUCCUGUCAACGAUCCUGUAGCCAGUCUUCUUUUGAUUAUUUUUCUUCUCUGAAUCACUACUAAUGUUUGUUAUUAAUUUAAAAAUCCUGUAACUUUCCUGUAAUGUUUAGGCCUGGAGAAAAUAUACAGAGGAAAAAUUACAUUGUCAUAAGUAUUGAUAAAAAUCUUUACAGAAAUAAGAAACACUUUUUAGUGAAAAUAUAGACAAUGUUGUUGUUACAGUUUAAUGUUUGUUGUUACAAUUUUCACAAUAUAACAGUUAAAUAGCUGUUUAUAUUCAUAUAAUUCAUGUCAGUAUUUCCACCAAGUGACAAGUGAGACAAUGUUUAUUGAUGUGCUCACCUUAGUUUAAAUAAUGUAAUAAUCUCAUCGUCAUUAUAAGGCUCUGACAUAACCAGGAGUACACCGAAGUACAAUAUCAGUUGUCAUGAUGUUCUAACGUAUCACCCCUGUCAUAACACAAACCUAUAUCGACAACUGUCAAUUUAUGUAAUUUGUUUCAGACAUUAUGUCAACCUAACAUCAAAAUUAAGGAAAGGAGUAUGUAAUUACAGUGUGGACAGGUCUCAGAAACAAAACAAAAAAUCAUUUGGGUAAGAUUUCUCUUCUGGACAUUUUCAGUUUGUUUCUGGUUUUUCAUUUUCAUUCCUUAAACUGGUGAUUUCACCAUCAUUUGUUGAUUUCUUCAUUUGCAUGAUGCUAAAUAUUAGUUCAUUUAAUUACUCACUAUUAGCAACAGUACUGUAUAAUUGUGUGUGCUACAUUUUUCAUAUGCACAUGAAUAUUUGCAAAGAAUGUACC